AUGACGCCUCGUUUUUAUUUUAUUACUUCAUCGAGUCAUAUUCGUUCAUUUUGUCUUAGUUUUUUCUUACUCGCUAUUUUAUUGACAUUUAUCAAUUUUUUGACCACAACGACGACGACAUCGCUCCAGAAAUUAACGACAGAUGACCUCAACAUUGAACUGAACUUGACCACAACAACAUCGCUUCCGCUUCUAGUCUUAAACUCAAAAGAUGUUCACUUCAAUCGAUUCGAUUGUCAUGAACAAAUCGAACACGAAAGAAACCAUACGGUUUUAUCUAAGCCUUCGAUACUAUACCAACCGAAUGAUACAUUGUCAAGACAAAAUGCAAUACCUUACAAUUAUCGGCUUUGGCAAUCAGCAUUGUCAAUGCCUCGAAUGGUCACGAAAUGCGAACAUCGAUUAAUGAUGCAAUUAUUAAAACGUUUUGAUCAAUUAACAAGAAAAUAUUCACUUGAAUAUAUGAUUAUCGAUGGAACUUUAUUAGGUUCAUGGCGCCAUCAUGAUUUAAUACCGUGGGAUGACGAUAUCGAUCUGAUGAUGUCAGUUAAAUUAAAAUCUCGUUUAAAUAUGGCCAUUGAAGCUGAAUCGUUCUCGUCUCCGGAUUACAUUGAAUUUCAUCGUCGGUGGGAUGCUCCCAAAGCAUUUGAAUAUUACAAAUUUUACUUUUCGACAUCACCGAAACUCAGCGAACAUCCAUGGCGUUAUCCGUUCAUUGAUUUAAUCUUCUAUCACGAAAAUUCUACACAUCUAUGGCAAGAAAACAUGCAACAUAUCUCGACGAUAUCCAAACAAAAGAUUUUUCCAUUGAAACUGCGCCCGUUCGGAUCCUUGUGGUUACCAUCACCUCGUUUACCACGUGAUUAUUUCCGCAGUGUCAAUUGGACCAUGUACGAUCACGAAUGUGUCUACGGACCUUGGUCACAUAAAUACGAACGAAUGAAAGAUGAUUUUUACACAUAUGGAAUCAAGUCGAAAGCUGAUUGUAAAGAGUUGAAGAAGUUCUAUCCAUUUGUUGAACGAUCAUCGACGGAUGAUGAUGAACGAUUAGUUUUCAAUGGUGUUGUGACACAGAUCAUGAAAGCAAGGUCUUGA